AAGAAGAAGAAGAAGACGAAGAAGAAGAAGAAGAAGAAGAAUGGGGCUUGACGGGUUCUGCAAGCUGGAUAGUUCCGAUCCUUUCUGGGAUUGGAACCAUACCUGGUACACUCAAAAUCCAGAUCUCACCCAGUGUUUCCAGAACACUGUCCUUGUGUGGCUGCCAUGCCUCUACCUCUGGAUAUGUGCCCCCAUCUAUCUCAUCUACCUCCGCAGCCAUGACUGUGGCUACAUAUGUAUGAAUUACCUCAACAAAGCUAAAACUGCUGUUGGUUCUUUACUGUGGAUAAUCUGCUGGUCAGAUGUUUUCUAUUCAUUCUGGGAAAGAAGUCAUGGCGGUGUCCCUGCAACCUACCACAUAGUCAGUCCAACUAUACUCGGCUUCACCAUGUUGCUGGCCACAUUAUUAAUCCAGUAUGAACGGAUUAAAGGGGUGCAGUCAUCUGGAGUGUUGCUGAUCUACUGGCUGCUGGCACUGCUCUGUGCCACAGUCACCUUCAGGUCUAAAAUCCUCCAGGCCCUGGACCAGCAACGGUCAGUGUGUUUGUGGCGGUACACCACCUUCUAUAGUUACUAUGCUUUGCUACUGGUUGCUCUGUUCCUGUCCUGCCUGAGUGACCAGCCACCCCUCUUCUCCCAGAUUGUAAAAGACUCGAACCCAUGCCCUGAGCGUGGAGCUUCUUUCCUCUCCAGAAUCAGCUUUUGGUGGAUCACCAGGAUGAUGGUGGCUGGCUACAAGCAGCCUCUAGAGGAGAAGAACCUGUGGUCUCUAAAUCCUGAGGACUGCUCUCAAAGAGUGGUUCCGCACUUGGUGCACUGCUGGAACACGGAGUGCCAGAGGGUCAAAAGUGCAGAGCAGAAAACGCUGUACUCCACCAAACAGGUUCCACACAGCGAGGACAAAGAGGGAGGAGCUGUGCAAGAGUCCGAAAUCUUGAUUGUAAAAAACACCCAGAAAACUAAAGAGCCCUCCCUAUUCUGGGUAUUGUGUCGAACAUUUGGUCCCUACUUCCUCAUCUCCUGCCUUUAUAAGCUCAUUCAGGAUAUCCUCAUGUUUGUCGGGCCUGAGAUCCUCCGGCUGCUGAUUCACUUCGUUACCAACCCCAGUGCCCCCUCAUGGCAGGGCUACUUCUACACCGCUCUGCUCUUUAUAUGUACUUCUGUGCAGUCGCUCAUCCUCCAGAAGUACUUUCACGUCUGCUUUGUCUCAGGCAUGCGUUUGCGCACUGCCAUCAUUGGAGCUGUCUACAGGAAGGCUUUGAUUUUAAGCAGCGCAGCACGACGCUCCUCCACAGUGGGAGAGAUCGUCAACCUGAUGUCAGUGGAUGCUCAGCGCUUCAUGGACCUCAUCACUUACAUCAACAUGAUAUGGUCUGCCCCCCUGCAGGUGGUGCUGGCCCUCUACUUCCUCUGGCAGACCCUGGGUCCAUCAGUGCUGGCUGGAGUGACUGUGAUGAUUCUUAUGGUUCCGAUUAAUGCUGUUAUCGCCAUGAAAACCAAAACCUACCAGGUGGCUCAGAUGAAGAGUAAGGAUGAUCGCAUUAAGCUGAUGAAUGAGAUGCUGAAUGGCAUAAAAGUGCUGAAGCUGUACGCCUGGGAAUUGACCUUCAAGGACAAGGUGUCAGAUAUCCGUGAAAGUGAAUUGCAGGUCUUAAAGAAGGCUGCCUAUCUGGGUGCAAUGUCCACCUUCACCUGGGUCUGUGCGCCUUUCCUGGUUGCCCUAUCCACUUUCACUGUGUAUGUGCUGAUCGAUGAACAUAACAUACUUGAUGCUCAGAAGGCUUUUGUGUCACUGGCACUUUUCAACAUCCUGCGUUUUCCUCUCAACAUGCUACCAAUAGUUAUCAGUAGUAUGGUUCAGGCUAGUGUUUCCUUGAAGCGGCUAAGAGUGUUUCUAUCCCACGAGGAGCUUCAGGAAGACAAUGUGGAUCAUAAAGCAGUAGCAGGCUCCCCAGACAGUAUCACCAUAGUGGAUGGGGUUUUCAGCUGGUCCAAAACUGAAUCCCCAACACUCAAGAGGAUGAAUCUGUGUAUCCCUGAAGGCUCUCUGGUAGCUGUGGUGGGACACGUGGGUUCAGGAAAGUCCUCGCUGUUGUCUGCUCUGCUUGGUGAGAUGGACAAACGUGAAGGAACUGUGGCUGUCAAGGGCUUGGUGGCCUACGUUCCCCAGCAGUCAUGGAUCCAGAAUUCCACUCUGAGAGACAACAUAGUGUUUGGUCAAGAGUGGAGAGAGGCCUGGUAUCAGCAUGUGGUGGAGGCAUGUGCAUUUCAGACUGAUCUCGAGAUGCUUCCUGCUGGAGACGAGACUGAGAUUGGGGAGAAGGGAGUUAAUCUGUCUGGAGGCCAGAAGCAGAGAGUGAGUCUUGCCAGGGCUGUUUACUGUGACCGAGCUGUCUACCUACUGGAUGACCCGCUGUCUGCUGUUGAUGCUCAUGUAGGAAAACACAUCUUUGAUCAAGUUAUUGGCCAGAAGGGACUUUUGAAAGACAAGACUCGUGUGUUGGUGACCCAUGGGCUGAGCUACCUGCCCCAGGUUGACCUGAUCAUAGUGAUGGUGGACGGCGAGGUCACCGAGAUGGGCUCCUAUCAGCAGCUCAUGGCCACAGAGGGAGCAUUUGCUGAGUUCCUGCAGACAUAUAGUGCUGUCGACCAUGCUCAAAAUAAUGAAUCUGUGACAAAGAGUGGAACCGAUAAACUAGAGAACAACUGCACAACUGCUCAUUUUGGAAGCAUGUCAGAUGUUUCCAAGCUGUCCCAGAGGGGCAAGGAGCUGAGCAAGAAGGCCAAGAACCCAGAGGUGGGCAAGCUGACGGAAGCUGACAAGGCCAGCAAAGGACGAGUCAACCUCUCUGUGUUCUGGGCCUAUCUGAAAGCCAUCGGGGUGCUUCUGUCUUGUAUCAGUUUGCUGCUGUUCCUUGCCCAUCACCUGGUCUCCCUCCUCUCCAACUACUGGCUAAGCCUUUGGACAGAUGAUCCUGUGGUUAAUGGCACUCAGCCUGACAGACUGAUGAGACUAGGGGUGUAUGGAGCUCUCGGCCUAUCUCAGGGUAUGGCAGUCUUUGGUUACUCCCUCUCCAUGUCCAUUGGGGGCAUCCUUGCAUCCCGUUGUCUCCACCAGUCCCUACUGUAUGACGUCCUGCGCUCCCCUAUGUCCUUCUUUGAGCGAACCCCCAGUGGCAACCUUGUCAACCGCUUUUCCAAGGAGAUGGAUACAAUUGACUCAGUGAUCCCCAGCAUUGCUAAGAUGUUCAUGGGCUCUAUGUUCAGUGUGAUGGCUGCUUGUGUUGUCAUUCUUAUUGCCACACCGCUGGUAGCCAUCAUCAUUCCUGUUCUUGGACUGCUCUACUUUUUUGUACAGAGGUUUUACGUGGCGUCAUCUCGUCAAUUCAAGCGUCUGGAAUCAGUCAGCCGUUCACCUAUCUACACCCACUUCAAUGAAACACUGCUGGGCAUCUCUGUCAUCCGAGCCUUUGGCGAGCAGGAGCGCUUCAUCUUUGGGAGUGACCAGCGGGUGGACCGCAACCAGAAGGCUUACUAUCCCAGCAUAGUAGCAAACAGGUGGUUGGCAGUUCGUCUGGAGUUUGUAGGAAACUGCAUUGUGUCAUCUGCUGCUUUGUUUGCUGUCAUAGCUCGAGAGAGCCUCAGUCCCGGCAUUAUGGGUUUAUCCAUCUCUUAUGCGCUCCAGCUGACCGCCUCUCUGACCUGGCUAGUGAGGAUGUCCUCUGAUGUGGAGACCAACAUAGUGGCUGUGGAGAAAGUGAAAGAGUACAGUGACACAGAGAAAGAGGCCGAGUGGAAUCAUGAGCCCUCCAGUCUUUCUCCAGGGUGGCCUACUAAUGGAUGCAUAGACAUCAGAGGCUUCAGCCUUCGCUACCGCCAUGAUCUAGACCUGGCCAUUCGUAACAUCACCAUCUGUAUUAAUGGAGGAGAAAAGGUAGGGAUUGUGGGGCGCACUGGAGCAGGGAAAUCAUCCCUAACUCUGGGGAUAUUCCGGAUCAUCGAGGGAGCAGAGGGCCAGAUCUUCAUUGAUGGGGUAGACAUUGCCAAGCUGGGCCUCUAUGAGCUCCGGUCCAGGAUCACCAUCAUUCCGCAGGACCCAGUGCUGUUUUCAGGCUCUCUGAGGAUGAACCUGGAUCCCUUUGGCAGCUACACUGAUGAGGAAUUAUGGCAGGCUCUGGAGUUCUCCCAUCUCAAAAACUAUGUGUCCAGCCUACCUGACAAACUCAGUCAUGAGUGCAGUGAAGGGGGAGAGAACCUCAGUGUGGGUCAGCGGCAGUUGCUGUGCCUGUCCAGAGCUCUGUUAAGGAAAACCAAGAUCCUAGUUCUAGAUGAGGCCACAGCAGCUGUAGAUAUGGAGACAGACAACCUGAUUCAGUCCACCAUCCGAUCUCAGUUUAAGGAGUGCACCAUCCUGACAAUAGCGCAUCGCCUUCACACAAUCAUGGACUACAACAGGAUCCUGGUAUUGGACAAGGGUGAAAUGGUAGAGUUUGACACCCCUUCUAAUCUCAUCAGUCAGAGAGGAGCCUUUUACAAGAUGACCAUGGAUGCAGGGCUGGUCUGAAGCAGGAGGUGCCUCACUUUGUCCAGCUGCUGCUAUCCAAUGAAAGUUCUAACAAGUAAGACUUUAAUGUUGACAAAGCAAUGUAGCAGCGCUUGAUCAGCCUUUCUCAAGAACAGAGCAAUUCUGGCUGAGGUCAGAGGACAAAAGCACUGCCUUAAUGUAAAUGUGAAAUCAUCAGUCCAAAUAGCAUCCCUGUUUUGACAAGCCAGUGAUAGUUGUCUUUCACUGAAUAAAGCUGAGCUAUUUCUCUGAAACAUCAGCGAUGUAUUGGAAGUGGUGGUUUAUCAUAGUGAACAGUGGCAACAAACGCACAAAUUGCAGGAAUCUGUCAAUUGUUACAUUACAUACAGUACUGAUUGUUAAUUUAUUUUGCAUUGUGUUCUUUCAGCAAAAGCUUUACAUUGUUACGCUCUUAGGAGCUGCUGGUUUUUUCAGAUGUGCUAUUUAUGUAGUUAAAUGUAUGCUGAAGUGUUUUGAUUACACAAAACAAAACCUCAUUCCAGUAAGUCUGCAGUUUCAGUGAUUUAGAGUGCUACAAGGAAACUAGAUUUUCUGUGUAGCCUUCCAUGGAUGCUGAAUUACAAAUCAUUUGUUUUAUGUUACAAAAUUGAGAUUGUCAUUGUCCUGUGUAUUUUGAAAUAGUAGAUAUUAAAUGGUAAAUGGUCUCCAUUGAUGUAGCGCUUUUUCUCAUCUUGAUGACAAUCUUUUUUGCCAUUCACCCAUUCAACCACACAUUCAUAUAGUGCAUCUAUGGGCAGCACGUUUUAACAAACUGAACUCAUCAUUACAUAUACCUACAGGUACAUACAUUUUAUGUUGUAUGUAUGGAAAACGUUAUGUAAUCCUCUUUGAAAUAAAUCACA